GAGAUAUCGUGACGUAGUGACGAGACGUGGUAAAAAAAAACGCUGGUUAUAGCUGGAUGGAACACGAGACGUUGAGAAUCGCUAUCGCCAACAAGGCUGCUCUUAUCGUAGUUUUCUGAAUCAGCGAGAUUGUCUCGAAUUGAACUGAUAUUCCCAACCGGAAGUACUUACAAAUUUGCAUUGAAUCGCACCAAUCGGACGAUCCUUGUUACAACAGCGAAAAUGAGUUUCAAUCCCAUGAAAUGGAAAACAAGAACUUUCGUGCAUGGUGUUUUAGGCGCUUUGCUUUUUUACAUACUAUUUGUUUAUAAAAAGAAGCAUCAAGUGAUGUUUGAGGUCACCGUGAAUAAUUCAAAUCCCAAGCAUGUGUGGGAAUUUGUGGCUGAUUUUAGCAACAUGAAAAAAUUGAAUCCAACAAUAGAGGAUUUUAAUGUGAUUGAAGAAAGUGGAAAUUAUGAUCAUUGGAAAUAUUCCGUACAGUAUACGGAACAUUUAAGUCAUUUACCAAUGAUCCGGAACGUAGCACACGGACACUAUGCUGUCAAACCGGAUGACAAUGGCUACGUCAUCAGUUCCAAGCAUCAGACAUGCUUCGUUUUCAAUUUCGGCUGUUUGGAGUCUAUUUCACAAUUCAGAUUCGAUGCGGAUGGAGCGAGGGAUACAAAAUGUAUCGAGACCGUACAGUACGAGUGCCCUAUCGUAUUUUCACCUUUGUGCUAUAGGGAGGUCAUGUAUCAGCGAGAAGAGAUCAUGAAGAGACUCAAAUUAGAGUUCAAACAAUAGAAAGGACAAUAUUAAAAAUAUUUCGGUGGAUUAUAUGCAUGUACUUAUUUUACAUUAGAAUUGUUUUUCACAUAAAAAUGAGCGAUUGUUACUUUAACUAAACGAGUUAUAUACAUUUUUUUCUCUUAAACAAUAAUAAUACAAU